UUCAUAGCCACAAUAUUUUGCAACAUAAGCAAAUAUCCAGAAAGUUGUGUAUAAAAGCCCCAGGAGUUGGUGUGACAUUUCAGAGAUCUCAGCUCAGAAAUGGCUUUCUUGUGGAUCCUGUCGUGUCUUGCUUUCAUCGGGGCAGCCUAUGGCUGUGGUGUUCCUGCCAUCUCCCCUGUCAUCACUGGCUACUCCAGGAUUGUGAAUGGAGAGGAGGCAGUGCCACACUCCUGGCCCUGGCAGGUGUCUUUGCAGGACUCUACUGGCUUCCAUUUCUGUGGUGGCUCCCUUAUCAGUGAUACGUGGGUCGUGACUGCUGCUCACUGCAAUCCAAGGACCUCUCAUCGUGUCAUCCUGGGUGAGCACAAUCGUGCUUCCAACUCUGAGGCCAUUCAGGUCAUGGCUGUUGGCAAGGUCUUCAAGCAUCCUAACUACAACAGCUUCACCAUCAACAAUGACAUCACUUUGAUCAAGUUGGCCACCCCUGCCAGGCUCGGCAUGCAGGUGUCUCCUGUGUGCCUUGCUGAAACAAACGACAACUUCCCCGGAGGAAUGAAGUGUGUGACAUCUGGAUGGGGCCUGACCAGAUACAAUGCCCCUGAUACCCCUUCUCUGCUCCAGCAGGCCAGUCUGCCUCUGCUCACCAACGAUGACUGCAAGCGUUUCUGGGGUAACAACAUUACUGACCUUAUGAUCUGUGCUGGUGCCUCUGGUGCCUCUUCUUGCAUGGGUGAUUCUGGUGGUCCUCUGGUCUGUCAGAAGGAUGGCGCCUGGACUCUGGUUGGUAUCGUGUCAUGGGGCAGCAGCACCUGCUCAACCAGCUCCCCUGGAGUGUAUGCUCGUGUCACCAAACUCCGUGCCUGGGUUGACCAGACCAUUGCUGCUAACUAAGCAAGCUGUUGUGGUUGAUACAUUUCAGACAUAAAGUUAAUCAAUAAAGAAAAACAAUAAAAAAAUCUACCUCUAUGUUUUUAUUUUAAUGAUUUUAUUCACUCUAAAAAAACAAACGGUGCUAUAUAGCACCAAAACAAUUGCUUUGGAUCGUAACGAUAGAAGAACCAUUUUAGUGCCAUAUAGCACCGGUGAAGAACCAGUGAAGCACCAGUGAAGCACCAGUGAAGCACCAGUGAAGCACCAGUGUAGAACCAUAUAGGGGCCAUAUAGCACCACAUAUGGUUCUACAUAGCACUAUAUGGUUCUACACAGGUGCUUCACUGGUGCUUCACUGGUUCUUCACCGGUGCUAUAUGGCACUAAAAAUGGUUCUUCUAUCGUUACGAUCCAAAGCAACUGUUUUGGUGCUAUAUAGCACCGUUUGUUUUUUAGAGUGUUCCUCCCGGCUUUGAGAGGCCCCCAAAAGGUGAAAAUUCUGUACCAGAAUUUCAAUAGACUUGAAUUUUUUCAACAUUUUCAUUUAAACUAAAUGAAUAAGUCUGUUCUCUCAAUAAAUGCUACAGAAUAGUGACAAAUUAUUCUUUAUAUACACCUAGGUUUUAUCUUAAAUAAAAAUAAAAUAUAUAUUCUCAUAAUA